AUGACCCAAGUCUGGUGUGCCCAAAGGAUCGCCAGCCUCGAGGGUGGGAGGGCUAUUGCUCUUCCCUCGGACCUGUCGGAGAUAUCCCUGGAGAGCCUCGAUACUCGCCUGCGUCGGCUUGAGCACCUUGCCUUGCUCACGUCACCCCCUCCCAUGCUAGAGCCGACGUGGGAGUCGCUCGAGUACCGCCUUCGCCAGCUAAUCCGCAAAGAGAUCUUGCUCCCUAGGGUACUACAAGUCCCGCCGCUGCAUCAGAAUGCCGACGGGGAGAAGUCAGAGACCAACAUGCGGACGUUGGAGGUCAUCCUGCACGAGAUCUCCGGGCGCCAGGGGGGCGGGAAAAAGGACAACGUGGCCAACACGUUCGGGGACAAAGGCAGCCCGGUCUCGUUCGUCGCCAUCUCGCAGCAGUUCUGCCAUGCGGCAGGGCGGAAGGGUAUCAAGUCCCCCGACUCCAUCCGAGAUUUUGACGAGCUGUACGCCUUCGCCGUCGAGCUCUCUCUCGAGGUCCAGGCCCGGCCGCAGGCCACCGUCCCACCCCCAAUGGCCCGGUGUGGCCCCGGCGUUGGCCACGGCGUCCGCCCCGGAGGCAUGAACAAUAACAACAACACCCGCGCGGCCAAGGCAUGCUGCGGGUGCUGCUCCUGCGCGUGCCACGGGGGCAACCUCCGGCAAUUCCACGUUACUCAUGCGCCGAGCCGGAAGCGGAGAUAUCAGCGGUUCGCGUGGCUGAAGAGGCUCUGGUGCUUCGGGUCGAAGAAAAAGGAUGAUGAUAGCAGCAGCACCAGCAGCUCGACCAUCCAUGAUUGA